AUGAACAAGGUCCUUGGCUUCGAACGCAUCAACGAGCGCAAGAAAAGACCGAAUGCACUCAUCAACUUCAUCAAACCCCUCGAAAGUCCGGACAAGGCACUGGCCCAAGACUUUCUGGAAAGAGUCGCCGCUAUCUGCUAUCCCAUCAUGAAACAGAACCACAUUGUCGUCAUGGCACUAGAAGAAUACCCACCCAAUCCUGAGUUCAUCGGCCGUAAUUUCAACGCUGGGGAAGUCAUCCAACUAGUUCUCAAGGCUCCACACACCAACCAGUGGCUACCCUUCAAACACGUGCAAAUGGUCAUGAUGCAUGAGCUGGCACAUUGCAAACAGAUGAACCACUCUCGCGCUUUCUGGAAGGUCAGAAACGCCUAUGCCGACGAGCUGAAGGUUCUUUGGGACAAAGCAUACACUGGCGAGGGUCUAUGGGGAAAGGGUCAAUCUCUCAUCACUGGACAGUACAUGAACAACCACAUGCCCGAGGCUGCCAAUAUACCCGCCAGUCUGUGUGGUGGUACCUUCAGAUCGUCAGGUGGUCGGAAGAGAAGGCGAAAAGGAGAUGCUCCUAAGAUCACCUAUGCCGAGCGCCAACAACGAAGAAUCGCAAAGAAAUUUGGUGUCAAUGGCGUUGCCUUAGGAGAUGAUGAAGGCGUCAGAGCCAAGCUCGAGGCUGGCCAGAAAGGUGGAAAGCCUGCCGUCAAACCCAGAGUAGCAGGCAGUAAGCGAGGAAGGGAGCUCCGAGCAGCAGCAGCACUGGCACGCUUCGAAAACGUGAAGAAGGAAGCUGUCAAGGCGGAGCCCAAGAUUGAAACGACCAGUGACGACGAUUACGAAACUGAUUCUGACUAUGAAUACACGACUAUCGAGAGGACUAUGAAUUCCGAAGAUGGCAACAUGGUCAGAGUGUGCGAGAACGAAGACUCAGAGGACAAAGAUGCGCAGCGAGAAUUCGACGAGCUGCGCGAGAUCGAUCAGGCUACGUCGAAGUCGCAUGCCAAUUCAUCGACACAACCGCUUUCGAAAGGCAAAGCCAAACAAACGAUUUCUGACGAUGAUGCUUCAACGGAGAGCGACGACGACCAAGACCUCGAUGCGCCACGCAGCUUCACAAAACUACCAACCAAGACGCAGCCGCGCCCAGCAGUCGCUCCUUCCUCGACCUGUAGAAUUUGCUCCCUCGAAAACGAAUCUACGGCAGCUAUGUGUGCGGCUUGUUCCCACGUGCUCAAGCCAGCACUUAUGCCCAACUGCUGGAAGUGUACAAGCACAGAUUGUCAGAAUGUCGGGUACGUUAACCCGGGUGACUAUGGCGUCUGUGGGCUCUGCGGAUCGACGAAACCGAAGUGA